CCCGAGCAGCUUCGCGCGCGCCUCGGGGGACUCCCAGGCGGCGCGGAGCAUUGUGGGGUGGCGGCGACGGCGGCGGGGCUGGGCUGGGUCGCGUUGCGUUUGGAGGGCGGGGGCCAUGGCUUCCUGGGCUGCUCUUUCGCCCAGCAUCGUGGAGUAUUUCGAGGGCGAGGACUCCUACCGCUGCGGCUAUUGCAAGAAUGAGUCGGGCAGUCGCUCCAAUGGCAUGUGGGCACAUUCAAUGACAGUACAGGAUUAUCAGGAUCUUAUAGAUCGAGGAUGGCGAAGAAGCGGGAAAUAUGUGUACAAGCCUGUCAUGAAUCAAACAUGUUGCCCUCAGUACACGAUAAGGUGCCGACCUUUACAGUUUCAGCCGUCAAAAUCUCACAAGAAGGUUUUGAAAAAAAUGUUGAAAUUUCUGGCUAAAGGGGAAAUUUCCAAAGGAAAUUGUGAGGAUGAGCCCAUGGAGCCCACCAUGGAGGAGACUGUUGCGGGUGACUUUGCGUUAAUAAAUAAAUUGGAUAUACAGUGUGACCUUAAAACACUCAGUGAUGACCUCAAAGAGAGCUUUGAGAGUGAAGAAAAGAAGAAAGGAAAAAGCCCAAAGAAAGAAGAAUCUAAGGGAUUAAUUCAGUCACAACAUAUAGAGGAGAAGUUGGGCUCUGGUGAGCCAUCCCAUCCAAUUAAAAUGCACAUGGCUCCUAAGCCAGGCAAAGGGGCCGAUUUGAGUAAGCCUCCAUGCCGGAAAGCAAAGGAAAUCCGGAAAGAAAGGAAAAGGUUAAAACUCAUGCAGCAGAACCCAGCUGGAGAACUUGAGGGUUUCCAGGCUCACGGUGAACCACCAUCUUUGUUCCCACCAAAGGCUAAUAAAUCCAACCAGCCCAAAUCGCUUGAAGAUUUAAUUUUUGAAUCUUUACCAGAGAAUGCAUCACACAAGUUAGAGGUGAGGGUGGUGAGGUCAUCUCCACCAAGUUCUCAGUUCAAAGCCACAUUUCAGGAGUCUUACCAGGUCUAUAAACGUUACCAGAUGGUUAUUCACAAGGAUCCACCUGAUAAACCAACUGUGAGCCAGUUCACAAGGUUCCUUUGCAGCUCACCUCUGGAGGCUGAGAAUCCCCUUCAUGGACCAGAUUGUGGUUAUGGCUCCUUUCACCAGCAGUAUUGGCUUGAUGGAAGAAUCAUUGCUGUGGGGGUGAUUGACAUCCUUCCAUACUGUGUCUCGUCUGUAUAUUUGUACUAUGAUCCUGAUUAUUCAUUCCUGUCUUUGGGUGUCUACUCUGCAUUACGAGAAAUUGGUUUUACUAGGCAACUUCAUCAGAAAACAUCUCAACUCAGCUAUUAUUAUAUGGGUUUCUACAUUCAUUCAUGUCCCAAGAUGAAAUAUAAGGGUCAGUAUAGACCUUCUGAUUUGUUGUGUCCUGAGACGUAUGUUUGGGUGCCCAUUGAGCAGUGCCUGUCUUCGCUUGAUAACUCCAAGUACUGCCGUUUCAACCAGGACCCAGAAGCAGUGGAUGAAGGUCGCAGUAAGGAGCCUGACCGUUUGCAGGUGUUCCACAAGAAAGCCAUAAUGCCUUACGGCAUUUAUAAGAAACAGCAGAAGGACCCGAGAGAGGAGGCGGCCGUGCUGCAGUACGCGGGGCUGGUGGGGCAGGCGUGCUCCGAGCGGAUGCUGCUGCUGCGGAACUGA